UUCGCGUACACCAACAACCCCAAACCCAAGAUGUCUCCAUCAACCCCCUACGCCGAAUCCUCAACCGCCUUCCCCAUCUUCGCACUCGCCUGGUCAUCCAACACCACCCUCCUCCUCGCCGGAGGCGGCGGCGCGAGUCGGAGUGGUGUCGCGAAUAGGCUCGAUAUCCGGGAGUUGAAACCCCUAACAAAAGAGGGAGAGGGAAAGGGGGCAGAAGGGGAGGUGAGGUUGGAGAGUGUGGGGGAGUAUGUGUUGAGUCGGGAGGAGGAUGCGCCGAUGUGUUUGGAUGUGAACGACGAGGGUGUUAUUGCUACGGGGAUUAACGCGAAAAAUGGACCAAAUGAGCAUUUGAGACUGUUUAAGCUAAAGGCGAACACGAUUGAGGAAGACGGACGGAAACAGCUCUUCAAGGCGCCCGAGAAUGGGGACGGUGACGACUACCAACGCGUGGCGGUGUACAACGCUUCCGGGUCACUCCUUGCAUCAGCGAGUACAGACGGUUCACUCGCGGUGGUCAACAUUCCCGAUCGGAGCGUCGCUUGGACGAGUGGAGAACCUGGACAGGAGAUCUACGAUGCGGCAUUCUCGUGGCCAGAAGCCAACGAAAAGGAAUCCCACACAGCUGCUGCAGAGUUAUUCGCGUACGUCACUCCAUCGACGCUCUACCUCCACAACGCCCCAGACGGGAAACUCAUCCGUACCAUAUCUCCCUCCUCAUCCUCCAAACCCGCACAAUUCCGGUGUGUCCGGUUUCUCCCCCGCCGACGACUUCUCUCCGGCGGCAAAGUCGCGAUGACGGGCGCGGUUAUGGUAGCAGCACUCAACUCGAAACCGAGUGGGAGCGCAUGGAUCGUCCGAUACACCCCCGGCGGGGCGGGUGUCGAGCGAACCCAGAAGCUACGUAGUUCGGUGACGUGUAUGGAUGUUGCCUCAACGGGUACAAUCGCAGUCGCUUGUGCGAAUUUGUCGAUUCAUGUGCUGAGUCCUACGUUGGUGCCGUUGAGGAGGGUGCAGCAGGCGCAUUCGUUUCCGGCGACGUGUUUGAGGUGGAGGCCGGAGGGGGGGUUGGUUGCAAGUGGCAGUGUUGAUGCGAGGGUUAGGGUUUGGGAGGUGGAGGGGGGGAGGUCGAGUGCGAUGACGGUUUUAGUGGCGGUGUUGGUGUUGGUGGUGCUGGUGCUGGUGGUGGUGGUGGUGGGGAUGUGGUGGUUCUUGGUGAAGACCGAGCCAGUUGCGCCUGCUGCGGCAUCUCGAAGUCUGUUGUUGGCACUUGCGGCGACCUCGGCUGGAGUUGUGAUCGCUUAUGUGCUCCUCGCGUCCAAGAAGAGCACUGAUGUGAAAGGGCGGGUCAAGGCAUAGCGUAGCUUCACCAAUACGAUCCUCAGUAACUCAAUGUGUAGGACUCGUGCGCAAACGUUAUGGCAACCCCCGAGCGAGGUAUAGCUGUCGCAUGCGCGGGCGGGCGGGGUGUGCGGGUUCCUGCGUGCCUCCGAUAUGGUGACGUUAUGCCCUCCAAGGACACAACCACCACCACCAUGUCAAACAAACCACCGACGAAUUUGAUCCAGGACUGGUCAUCCAAGCUCAUCGGCAAAAAGAUCACUGACUCCGUCCGUCCCUCCCUCUUCGCUCAUCACCUGCGUGUGCUAAUCCGUCGUCGUGUGAGUAGGGCUUUCCCAAAGGUGAUUUACCACAGAAGAGCAGAGUUGUGGAGCCCGGAUCGUUCCUCACGAGA